AUGCCCAACGGAAUCAACACCUCAUCGCCCAGCGAGCCCACCACCGCCACCACCACCACCACCACCACCACCACCACCACCACCACCAGCAGCAGCAGCAGCAGCAGCAGCAGCAGCAGCAGCAGCAGCAGCAGCAGCAGCAGCAGCUCCUCCUCCUCCUCCUCCUUUGCCUCCUCCUCCACCACCACCGCCACCAGCUCUAGCAUCACCCCAACUAUCGUCACUGAAAAGGCCACUGACGCUCCCAACCUAUGCUGCGCACACUGUCCCUUCAAAAAACGGCUCGGACAGUGGAGUGGCGACGGGGAGAGGGAAGAAAGAUCGACCUUAGGGACUGCGUCCCACGAUACUCAGCGCACAUUUCUCACUAUGAAAAGUCUGACUUGUCUUUAG